AUGGACAGUCGCGUCCUCGAGCAUCACCCUCACGCCCACUUCGGGGGCUCCUUGGGCGGGCUGGUGGGCUUCCCGUAUCCGCUCGCUGCUCACCACCAUCAUCAUCACCACCACCACCAGCAGCAGCACCACCAUCAUCAGCAGCAGCACCAGCACCAUUACGAGCUCGCCAGCGCGCACCAGCUGCAGUCGGCGGCUGCCGUCCCCUUCACCAUAGACGGAUUACUAAACGGCUCUUGCUCGGCCUCGAUUGUCAGCUCCAGCGCGCUCUUGUCGCCCGACGGCCAGUACAAACUCUCAGAUUCCGGGGACCCAGACAAAGAGAGUCCCGGUUGUAAACGGAGAAGAACCAGAACCAACUUCACCGGCUGGCAGCUGGAGGAGCUGGAGAAGGCCUUCAACGAGAGCCACUAUCCGGAUGUGUUCAUGCGGGAGGCGCUCGCCCUCAGACUGGACCUGGUCGAAUCCAGGGUUCAGGUUUGGUUCCAGAACCGACGUGCUAAGUGGAGGAAGAAGGAGAACACAAAGAAAGGGCCCGGCCGGCCCGCGCACAACUCCCACCCGACCACGUGCAGUGGCGAGCCCAUGGACCCCGAGGAGAUUGCGCGGCGAGAGCACGAGCGCGCCGAAAAGAAGAAACGCAAGCAGGAGAGAAAGCUACUCAAGUCGCAGAGCAAACUCCUGCAUGGCGACAGCUUCCACACACCGGGCGGCUCCGAGAGCGACAGCGGCGUGUCGCAGUUCACCGACAGCGAGCAGCAGCCUUCUUCGGGCCCAAACGGGAAUAUUUAUGCGGAGCUUCCCCUGACGUCCGGGGGCGCCCAAGGACACCAAACCGAAUCCAGCUGCGACCAAACCCGACACGACUUUGACCACCAAAACCAAAGACGAGAAGCGGAGCAGGUUUCUCCGGGCAGCACGCACAGCUCUGGCAGCCCCGCGGGUCCGAGGUCCUCUGCGCUGCAGAAGCGAAACCCUUUCAGCGUGGAGAGCCUCCUCUCGGACGCCGCGCCUCGAUGGAAGCCUCCUCUGGACUUUCUCUCACUGCCCACUCAGAGGACUCUGGUGGGUCAAGGCCAUUUUUUGCUUUACCCCAUUACUCAUCAGCCUCUGGGCUUUCUCGUGCCCCAAACGGCCCUGAAGGCGUCGCCGUGCCAAGACGGCGUCGACAGGCUCCACCUCGGACAAAACCUCGAACAGUCGUGCGCUCCCACUGACCUCUCGUGCGCUCUCGCUAAGCCUUUAAGCGCAGAUCAUAAAACAAACGACCAUCACAGUCCCGUUAGCAAUAGAGUCGACGUGGAGGAGGAGAGCGCCAGGGAUAGUCCCACGCUCGCCAAGUCUCAGGCAUCCCCGCAGUCGGCCCAUUCCGGCGAGGCGGGGCGAGUCCACGCCGAGGCUUUGACGGACGGCUGCCGAGCCGAGGGGCGCUGUGCGAAGGAGGAGCGAGCGUCGCCGAGCCUCCCCGAAGAUCUCGGCGCAAACGCAGACUGUGGGGAAGCACCCGGAACAGAUGGCGAGGACGUGGAUAUGGACUAACACUUGUUGUAGGAGCGCACAUACAAAGCGGCGCUGCUCAGAUGUUGUCAGAAAACCAGACGAGAGUAGGAGUCCGUUUUGGUCCUUCAAGAUACAAUAGCGUUCCCCUGAUUAGCAAACCGCCAGGUAUGUUUCCGAGCCGUAAAAGCGUCAAUGGAUACAAACAUGUCUCAGAGUGACGCGGCCUUGUACCCUUAAGCUCCAUUUUUUCGAGAGUGGACUGUUCAAACAUUCCCAAAGCUCUGCAUAGAUGCUUGCAAACAUAUCAGGAAUCGGGGAGGCUUUGGCCACAUUUCCACCAAGCAACACGGUUCAGCUCCAAGUCCAGGUUGGAACGGGAAAGCCUGAUCUGGCAGCUUUCAAUUGUCAUCGUAGCAGCGCGACAACGAUUGUUUUACUCUGCUCCGUCAGAGCUCUUAGCAGAAGAGGGUCAUUUUCACAAUCAUGGAAGAAAAAGGGUCCAGGAAUCAUUGCUGGAGCUGAUUUUCCGUUGCAUGGACGGAGAAUUUGGCCUCUCCCAUUCAUUGACGCACCCUCAUUUAUGUUUCUUCGUGUCGCUGCUGUGCCUGUUUUUUUUUUCCACCUUGAAAGACUCCAAGAUCUCCAAAUCUUGGACAGUUUUAAAAGUAGGACGUCGGGGUUCCCUGAUCCACCGGGUGCCCAUCUCCUUAAUUUUCAGGGAUUGGUGACUCUCUUCAAAUAAAAGCGAGCUUGUGCACCGAUGUCAUUUCAAAAAAAGGGGUCUCAAAAAGUCAGUCGCUGUCCUGUGAGGUGACUCAUCGACGUUUUCUUUUUCAAAAAUGUAUGACAUGGAGUAUAUCAAGCUUAUUUUUGUUCUUUGUGGCAUAACGGUCGCAUUUCACACGGGAGUGACGAUUGUCUGUCAACCAGUCGACCCAUUGCUAGGUGGCAAAAUUCUAAUCAGUUUUUGUGGCUUCUUGCAGAAUGGCAAACAAAAAAAAAAAAAAUCAAAAUCAUGCAUUUGCUCACAUUUAAAGUUGAUGUGAACUGUGCUGCUUGGUGGAAAAGAAGCUUUAAUCCUCACCUAUUUUUUAAUCACGCAUCCU